GUCAAUUUUACGAUCAGAAAUUCUUUUUCGCUCUGAAAAAUCCGGAGAUUCCCCGCCAUUUUAAGCUUUGGAACUACUUCGGCCAUGGAUAAAGAAGCCGGUCCUUCCACAACCCGAACCCAAAGGCACAAAUGCUCUGGAUGCUACAAGCAAUUCAAGAGAAAGGAGCAUCUUAUUGAGCACAUGAAAAUCUCAUAUCAUUCAUUUCAUCAACCUAGAUGCCUUGUUUGUCAAAAACAUUGCCAAUCUUUUGAAUCAGUACGCGAACAUCUUCGUGGUUUAUUUGGUAAAAGUAGUUGUUCGGAGAUUUUCUCUGACCGAGGUUGUAAUCUAUGUUUAAAAGUUUUUGAUAGUGCCAAUGCCCUUAAUGAGCAUCAAGAAAUGUGUCUCCGAUCUGCUCCUGUUCCUCUUGGAGCAAAGAUCAUGCCUUCUAUAGAAUCUCAUCCUAAUAUUUCAGGUGUGAUUGGUGAAACUUCCAAUGGUAAAGGUCAGAGAGCAGUUGCCAUGGACUGUGAAAUGGUUGGUGGUGGACUUGAUGGAUCACUUGACAUUUGUGCACGUGUGUGCCUUGUUGAUGAAGAUGAGAAUCUAAUUUUCCAUGCAUAUGUUAAACCACAAAUGCCUGUCACUAAUUACAGAUAUGAAGUAACAGGGUUAACAGAAGACCAUCUAACAGAUGCCAUGCCCCUUGAUGAAGUAAAAAAUAAAAUAUCAGAAGUUUUGUACAAUGGAGAAUCCAUUGGUAGGGCAAGGCUAGAUGGGGGAGAUGCAAGGCUUCUUGUUGGUCAUAGCUUACUGCAUGAUUUGGAGUGUUUGAGAAUGAGCUAUCCUGGUCAUUUGCUGAGGGACACUGCAAAAUAUCGUCCUUUAAUGAAAACUAAUCUGGUUAGCCACUCGCUUAAGUACCUCACCAAAACGUACUUGGGGUAUGUUAUCCAGUCAGGCGUGCAUGAUCCUUAUGAAGAUUGUGUCUCUGUGAUGAGACUAUACAAGAGAAUGCGUGCCCAAGAUCACCAAAUGAAAGGGGUUGUAAGUGUAUAUGCUGGCUGCGGCUUUGAUUCUAUAAAAUCCAAAGAACUCGAGAAGAUGACUCCCGACGAGCUGUAUGCUGUCUCUAUGUCAAACUAUCAGUGUUGGUGUUUGGACUUAAUCAAAGAAUCCAGCAUUUGCAUUUGAUUUUUCAAUUAGCAAUUGAUUUCAAUUGCUGCCCUGUUGUAACUCUUAUCUUCAUGGGACAUGGAGCAACCAUUUUAAGGGAUGUCUGCAACUCCCUUUUCAUCAGGAUUGGAAGUUGAACACCAUUUCUAUGGUAUAGUUGUUGAAUUGGAAGAAAACUUUUGUUCAACUCUACUUAUGGAUCCUCUAUGUAUUCUUGUGACUUAGAUCGAAAAUAUUCUUUUUAUUUGUGUGAAAACAUGAAAACUUGAACACACACUUAGCACAUUAAUUGAAUAAUGGUUAAUUAGCACA